GAGCAAGAUUCGAAGCAAAUCGAGAAUUACAUCAAUUUUGAAAUUGCAUAAAAUCAUGUCUUCGGCAGCGAGAAUAUUGUUACAACUGGAACAGAAAGCCACAGCUGCUGAAAGUUUAAUAUUAACAUUAAAAAACGAGUUACUGCAGCUGGAGAGAACUCAAAAUAGUGCAGCCCCAACUUUAUUGUCAACUCUAAAACAAGAGAAUGAAAACUUGAAAAAAGAAGUUGAAAUUUGGAAGCAAAAGCUAAUUCAAGCUGGAAUAAGCCAAGGAGUGAGAAACUUUUCCACUUCUGCCGCUUCACAGCCCAUUGUUCAAGAAACAGCAGAAAAAUCAAAGGAAAAAGUUGUUCCAACACCAGAAGUAAAAAAGACAAAAGAUUUAAAAAAGGGAGAUACAGCUGAGUCAGGAGAAGUAAGUAAAGUAAAAGUGGAUGAUGGACCCAUUGACAUUGGUCGUAUUGAUUUGCGAAUUGGGAAAAUUGUUGCAGUUAAAAAACAUCCUGAUGCUGAUUCUUUGUAUGUGGAGGAAGUUGAUCUUGGUGAAGAAAAAACUAGAACCAUUGUAAGUGGGUUGGUCAAACAUGUUUCCAUAGAGGAGAUGCAGAAUCGCAUUGCUGUAUUCAUGUGUAAUCUCAAACCUGCUAAAAUGAGAGGAAUCACCUCUGAAGGGAUGUUGAUGUGUGCAUCAACAUCUGAUAAGGUGGAAAUUCUGUUGCCUCCUAACGGAGCUGUACCCGGUGACCUGGUGGAAGCGGAUGGAUACGUCAGAUGCCCGGAUCCAGUACUUAAUCCAAAAAAGAAGAUAUGGGAAACAGUGGCUCCAGAUUUGAAAACAAAUGCUGAAAAAAUUGCAACUUUUAAAGGAGCAGUUCUCUCUAUUCCUAAUAAAGGGCCCAUAUCAGCCGCCACAUUAGCCAAUGUUCAGAUAAAGUAAAAUUGUAGGAACAAGCUGGCUGUUGGAAAGAAUAUAUAAAUUUCUAGUGGA